AUGGUGUCUGCCUUGGAGGAAGUCGGAAUUUGGCAUCAAAUUCGAGACUAUGGUGGCCUGAGUGCGCACAUCGAUACAACUAAUCUAUCUAAUGGCCAAAGACAUAUUUUAUGCAUUGCCCGUGCUAUCCUAUUUCCUGGUGAGAUCGUCAUCAUGGAUGAGCCUACGGCCGGAUUUGAUGAACACACCGAGAGAUUGAUCACGGGUCUUCUUCGUGAGAAGCUGAAAGGACGGACUUUAAUCUCAAUUACCCAUCAAAUCAAAACUGUGAUGGACUCAGAUCUGGUCAUGGUCUUGAAGCAUGGUGAAGUAUCUGAAUUAGGAGUACCACAAGAGCUUUUGAGUAGGCGAGGCAUGUUCUGGCAACUGUACUCGGCCAAGACAACAUAG